AUGAAGUCAGAAGAAGUCAGAGCCGAAGUUUUCAAAAUUUGGAGAAAUCAGAGGCAAUCAGAAGACAUCAGAACCGGUCAGAAGAAGUCAGAACCAAUCAGACAGGAGCAAAGCAUGUCUUCUUAUCCAAACUCAAUCAUUCCCCAAAGAAUCCGGCGAACGUCCUCUUCAACUGUCCCAUCGUAUCAUCCACAUACGAUACCGACUCUUUCGACGCGGUUCGUGGAAUCUGUGGUGGUGGAUCGUAGUGAUCUUUAUGACGUGGUUCUAUCUUGUCAGAAAAUCCGCGUGGAAUAUGGUGGGAGGAUGUGGAUGUGGAUGGUGGUUGGGGAGGAAGACGGCGGUUGGGGACUCCAGGAGGCGGGGCUAAAUAGGAUCUUAUAG